GUGCUUCCGCGAGAGGUUCCUCUGUCAAGUCGGUGUGGACUGUUGUGGCUGCUGUCGCGCGCGCAGCCCUUUAAAUACCGCACGCACGCACGCGCCAGGCUCGGCCCAGAGACCGGCCCGGUGUCCGAGGGUUCCGAGUUCUUUUCCUUCCCACUUUCUCUUUUCUGUUCUUCCCUCCUCCUUUGUGUCUCUCGUGCAGAACGUUAACCGGAACCUGCGCUCGAGCUGAGCUGAGCUGAGCCGGUGUGAAGCAGGGUCAUGACGCUGGAAGCGAUCCGGUACCGGGGCGGGUCUCUGCAGAUCCUCAACCAGCUGCUGCUGCCGCGGGAGAGCGUGUUCGAGGAGAUCCGCUCCGUGCAGGACGGAUACGAGGCCAUCAAGAGCAUGAAGGUGCGCGGUGCUCCUGCCAUCGCCAUUGUGGGUUGCCUGAGCCUGGCAGUAGAGCUGCGGGCAGGUGCCGGGGGUGAUGACCCCGUGCCCUUCAUCAGGGAGUCUCUGCGUCACCUGACCUCAGCACGACCCACUGCUGUCAACAUGGGGCGAGCAGCACGAGAGCUAAUGGAGUUCACAGAGAACGAGAGCAUGGAGAAAGGCGGGCUGCAACUUGGAGCAAGUGUGAUUGGUUGGAUUGAGGACAUGCUGGAUCGAGAUGUGAAUGAUAACCGGAAGAUUGGUAACUAUGGCGCCCAACACAUCCUGUCCGGCGUGCCGAGAGACUCCGUCACCAUCCUUACACACUGCAACACAGGCAGCUUGGCCACUGCUGGAUACGGCACUGCUCUCGGUGUGGUGCGGUCGCUGCAUGCUCUGGGUCGUCUGAAGCGAGUGUAUUGUACAGAGACGAGGCCGUAUAACCAGGGAGCCAGGCUUACAGCGUACGAGGCUGUGGCCGAGGGCUUCCCUGCUACACUCAUCACAGACAGCAUGGCUGCUCUCACCAUGAGGGAGAAAGGCAUCACAGCUGUCGUUGUCGGGGCAGAUCGGGUCGUCGCGAACGGUGACACAGCCAACAAAGUGGGCACAUACCAGCUGGCCAUUGCUGCAAAGCAUCAUGGGAUACCAUUCUACGUGGCAGCUCCUAGCACGUCAUGUGACCUGAGUCUGGAGAGUGGGAGAGACAUUGUGAUUGAGGAGAGACCACCAGAGGAGCUCACCAGCAUCAACGGUGUCCCUGUCGCUGCUCCAGGUAUUGAUGUGUGGAACCCGGCUUUCGAUGUCACUCCUCAUCAGCUGAUAACGGGUGGGAUCAUCACCGAGCUCGGUGUGUUUCUGCCGUCUGAGCUUCAGGCCGCUCUCACUGGCCGCCUCACCGCUCUGUAGGGUCCACGCCGCCCCCACAGGGCACAGUGUGUUACUGCACUUUCAUUACCACCCUACAGCUCACACUCAUUUCACUCAUUACUUCAUACAGGGUGGGAAUCUCACAUUGGUUAAAAACAUGCAUACACACACACGGAGUGAAGUGAAAAUUACAAGAUGAUACAUUUUCACAAUCGUACAAGAACCUGAACGCUUAGAAAUCUCUCACACACACACACACACACACACACACACACACACACACAUAGAUACCAACCACGUUGUUUCAUGUCUGUGUAUAACGCAGCUUUCAACAAUGUGUUCUCUGUUAAUGUGAUUUAUUCUUUAACUACCCUUCCCUUUCCCCUUCUCGCUCAGCUCCAGUCCUUACUGAACGGUGUAUUACAGAGUGUGGCCCAGGUGCGGCCGUCUUGUUUUAUUAUAGCUAUUUCAGACAUAAUAACGUUAACCGAAUUCAGUUCAUUUGCAAAUGUCUUUCUUUUAAAGCAUUCAUUAAUGGAUUAGCAUAUUAGCUUAGAAUUCAGUUUUAGCUCCAGAAAAUAAGGGCUAUCUGGUAGUGUAUACGUGUCCAAAACCAGCCUUCUGUACAUCUGUUAUUGCAGCUGAACACAGACUUUUUGACCCAUAAAUCCGAGAUUGAAAUGAAGUUCCAAGUUAGUUUCAUCAGCGACGCCUGCAAUCAACACUGAAAUUAUCUCAUCUCAUCUCAUUAUCUCUUGCUGCUUUAUCCUUCUACAGGGUCGCAGGCGAGCUGGAGCCUAUCCCAGCUGACUACGGGCGAAAGGCGGGGUUCACCCUGGACAAGUCGCCAGGUCAUCACAGGGCUGACACAUAGACACAGACAACCAUUCACACUCACAUUCACACCUACGCUCAAUUUAGAGUCACCAGUUAACCUAACCUGCAUGUCUUUGGACUGUGGGGGAAACCGGAGCACCCGGAGGAAACCCACGGGGACAACAUGCAAACUCCGCACAGAAAGGCCCUCGCCGGCCACGGGGCUCGAACCCGGACCUUCUUGCUGUGAGGCGACAGCGCUAACCACUUCACCACCGUGCCGCCUUGAAAUUAUUAUAAUGAAGUAAAAGUAGUGUGACUAGUUGCUUUGGUAGUAGGGAUGCACUAAAACAAUUAUGCGUACACCUGCUAUGGCAGUUAGCAAAGUUCAUAGGGGGCGUCCUUACAACGAGACCUGUCAGUCAUUCUCUGCAAGUAUUACAGUAAAACAUGAUCAGUAUCAAUGCUGACGCAAAACAGGAAGUUGUUCAGGAAAUGUAAUAUUCCUCAGCUUCUUCAAAGGUCCAGGCACAUAUCCGAUAUUUAGAGCGCUGAUAGGAAAACAUGGAAUCUGUGCAUCUUCAUGCGUUAUGGUCCGUGUAUGUUGCGUUCAUUUGUUUUUGAGUUUGAAAAUGGGGGAAACGAGGUUUUUCGUGACGAACACAGCAACGGAAAGUGCCUUUUUUUUUUUCCUCCUACAUAAAAUUUUUCAAUUAUAAAACUAUUGACUUUUGUUUCUACUUGUUUCACCACACAAAGUCUAGAAAUCAAAUAUUCGUAAAUCCUAGUACACGUCGGCUGUUCUGCAGACUCGUCUCUGGUUAAGGCGUGUAACUCUGGAACCGGUUUGAGUUUUCAUGAAGGAUCUGGUUUAAAAAAAAUUCAUGAUUAAAAUAUUCUUAAAUUACAACACCUGGAAAAUUCUGAUGCUCAGUCUUGUCUUCUUUGACCAAUAUUCUUUUACUGUUUUUUAAAACCAUGUAGUCAUCUAUUUUGUUUAUUUAUAUAAUAUGUAUUUUCUCUCCACAUUCACUGGACAUGAGCAAUUACGUGCUCUGACUGGCCACUCUACUACUAGGAUAUCAGCUCAUGUACCAUGAGUAGAGAAAAAUAAGAUGGUGGCAUGCAUCAAGUCAGAUAUCACUUUAUCAAGUAUUUAAAAGAAACCGAAAUGGCUAAAUAAAAUAAUUUAUUUUUUUUGCGGUCCAGUUUCCAUCAAAUCCCGUGCUCUGAUUGGCUGGCGAGCGGCUCUGUAUCCUACGAUACGGACCCCGGUUACGGACCUCUGGCGACUUGCUCAUUCGCAACAGCAACAAACAUGGUAGCAUUUUUUGUCAACAUUUAUCUUUGUUUUUCUAAAUAAGAUUUAUUUAUAAGGUUUUUAUCAAAAAUCUUAUAUAUUUUUGCCAGCAUUUCUCAGAAUAGCAUUAAUUUUACAGCAUGGAUAGUGAUGAUAGUCUUCACAGCGAAAGCGAGUUUUACUACCCUGAGGAAGAAGAAAUAAAAGAAAACAUUUCAGGAGAAAGCUAAAAACCUCUAACUGUUGCUAAUGCCGAGCAAAACCAUGGCUGAAUCCUGAAUGACUCAAUUUUGUAUAAAUAGGGGACUACAUAGGCGGCAAAAUGUAGUUUUUUUCCUGCCAUGGAAGUGCACUUGUAUGCCGAG